AUGGACCAGGAAGCCGCCUCCUCCACGGUGCUCCGCCUCCUCCGCCGCCUCUGCGCGGCCGCGCCUGGUCCCGGCGGUGCCUGGAGGGAGGAGCUCAUGGCCUUCCUAUGGCGCCUAUGGAGCCGGCUCCAGGCGUGCAAGAACCUGCACCGCGCGGCGCCGGUGCCCGUCGCUGACACCCGCACGCUCGACGGCGACCACGCGCAGGCGACCGAGGACGUGAGCAAGGACGCCGAGCUCGACAUCGACGUCAUGAGCAAGAACGACGGCCAGGCGGAGCUCCGCAAGGACGGCGACGACGCGCAGGCGACCGAGGACGACGACGACUACUUGGCCAAGAAAGAGGGCGACGACGCCGGCUACUUCUCCUGCGAGACCGAGGACACCGAACACGAUGACGAAGGUUACUUCUCCUGCGAGACCCAGGACGACAAGGAACGCGCGUUCGGCAUCCAGUCCGACGACGCCCGCAGCACGGAGCGCGCGCUUGACAUUGAAGUCGCCAAGCUCAAGAACGGCCAGGACACCCACCUCGCCAGCGCGGCCGACCUCAGCAAGGGCAAGAACGACGGCCAGGCGGAGCUCCGCAAGGACGGCGACGACGCGCAGGCGACCGAGGACGACGACGACUACUUGGCCAAGAAAGAGGGCGACGACGCCGGCUACUUCUCCUGCGAGACCCAGGACACCGAACACGCUGACGAAGGUUACUUCUCCAGCGUCAACGAGGAAGACGCCGACGCCGACGCCGACAGCAAGAACGAUCGCGCGUUCGGCAUCCAGUCCGACGACGCGGACGACAAGGAGCGCGACGUCAUGGGCAAUAACGCCGAGCUCGACGGCCCGGCCGUGAUCGGCAACAAGAAGGGGUUCGGCGUCUGCUCCCAGAUGGAGGUGCAGAAGGCACCUGCUCUGGCCCCGUGGGGCUCUGCUCGUGCGGGUCGAGCUCCUGCUCGUGCCGUUGAAGAGGAGGACGACGACCGCAGAGCCAUCCACCUCAAGUACGUGGAGCUUUGCGCCUCAUUCAAGGGCAACAAAACCUAUUGCUUCUCCUGUUUCAUGGAGAGCCAGCAAAAGAAGCCUGCCGAGAUCGAAAAGAGAAUGGAACAGGCCACGAAACACAUGGAUUCUUCUCACAAGUCAAGCUCAAAUCCUCGCAAGUGCAAAAAAAAGGGCUGCUUUGCCAUGUCAAGAAUUUCACAAGACAUCGGCCACCACGAGAAAUUCGCACAUGGACUCUAGUUUGAUCGAUCCAUAGUAGUAACUUCUCGCCAGUGAAAUUACGCUGAUAGGGUAGAACGUGAUCGCAAUGUGCUUCACUGGGUUAGAAUGCGGCCCUGAUAACUUUUGAACUGUAAAUUUUCAGUUUCAUUUUACUUGUUGAACGUGGAGAAUUUUAUGGAUGAAUUCGACCUCUGUAUAUACUUCU